AUGUCGCGGCCCGCCACCGGGCGGUCAGGCAGCUCGCCCCCCGGCUCGCCUGCAGGUCGCGCGGCACACCUGGCGCCUGGCGGGGGUGUGUCAGCAGCCGGUCUGAGCAGCCCGACAUCGCCGCGCUCCUCCUUUCUUGGCAACUUUAUGCGCGGCCGCUCGCGAGCCGCCUCGGUGACAAACGCCGUCGCUGGCGCUGUGCGCGGCCGUGUGGGAUCGCCGACAGUGGAGCAGCCAAACCCGCUGGGAGGCGAUGUGACCCGCAGCGUCUCGACGCCGAACAGCGGCGGCGACGCUCAGACCGUCAACAUUCCACCCGUCGACCCUGCCCUUCGUCGCACUCACAGGAUCCGUCUGGUGCCCGUCCUCGAGACCAACCGCUCGUUUACAUUUGCACCCGUCCUGCGUGAGCUGGGCGUCAUGCAUGUCCCACCUGGCAUCCUACCUGCUAUCGCAGCGGCCUCGGUCUCAGACGUCGGUCCCACCGUCAACGGACGCCCGCCUCCCCUUCUUAUCAAGAUUGGUCGCUUUACCGAUAGGUCGGCCGCGGCGGCAGCAGCAACGACUGGAGCAAGUGGCGCAGCUGUUCCCGCAGCGGGAGCGGCACCUGGCGCUGCCAGCGAAGGCGCCGUCGUGGCGAACGGAGGCUUAGGCGUGGCCAGCAAUGGCGGCGACGCUUCGUUUGCUCCGCCAGCCCCCUCGCCAGCUUCCGUCGCUGGCGGCGGCGGUGGCGAUCUCCUCUCGCCGCGUGCUGCUUUCAAGAGCAAGGUCGUCUCGCGCUCACACGCCGAGAUCUGGUGCGAGCCUGGAGGCAAGUUCUUUAUCCGCGACACCGCCAGUUCAUCGGGCACCUUCCUCAACCACAUUCGUCUCUCGAGCCCCAAUGUCCAGUCUCGCCCGCAAGAGCUCAAGGACGGCGACGUUCUCCAGCUGGGUGUUGACUACCAGGGCGGCACCGAGGAGAUGUACCGCUGCGUCAAGAUGCGCGUCGAGCUCGGCCGUGACUGGCAACGCGGCGAAAACGAGUUCAACACGAACGCCCUCAAACAGCUCAAAGCACUUGGCGGUCCCGAGUCCGAGUCCAAGCGUCCCAAGGCCAAGGCAAGCGUCACCGACUGUUGUAUCUGUCUUUUCUCGGUGACUGUCUGCCAGUCGCUCUUCAUUGCUCCCUGCUCGCACGUCUUUCACUACAAGUGCAUCCGUCCCCUCCUCAACCAGCAUCACCCGGGCUUCUCGUGCCCACUUUGCCGCACGUUUGCAAACCUGGAAGAGGAUGUCGAGACCGAGGACGCGUGGGAGAUUGCGUCGCGUAGGGUGUCUGUCAUUUCGCGCCGCAACUCGAACCACUCGAUCCGUCUCCCCCACCAAAACGACACCCCGUCAUCGCAGCCGGUAUCUGCUCCGGGCGAGCCCAGCACGGGCGUUGGCUUUGGCGACAUGACCGCCAGCAUCGACGAGUUACUUGCCGCUUCGAGCGGUCAGCCAAGCGACGACGACCACAGCAUCCCGCGUCCCGACCUGGCGAGGCAGCACACCGUCGUUGGCGACACGUCUCGCGAUCGCAGCGACGGCGGCGCCGCGACCCCGACUUCGGACAUUGGUGAGGCAGUCACACACGCGACGACCGCCCCCGUGCCCAUCGGAUCCGAGCUUCUGCGUCCAGACGCGGGCGGCGAGGCCUUCUCUACCACUGCUGCGUCCCUUGCCCAGACCCCGUUAAACGACGUCUUCCUCUCGACGUUGGUGAUUUCGGGGCCUGGCCGGUGCGACACUGGUGUCAACGGUGCCACUCCCGCCACUGUCAGCAGUGCUGUUGCGAGCGGCGCCAACUCGCAGAUUGCAGAGGAGCCAGAGGCGGAGGCUCAGGCGGAGGCUUCAAACUCGGUGGCCGUGGACGAGGACCAUCUGCUUGACGAUGUGGUAAUCGCAUAA